AUUCAAAGGGCUUUGGAUGGAAUUCUAGUUGACAUCUUAAAUACGGUCCGAUUUACUAACUCAACUCAAUCGUCCCGUCUCGCCAGAAAAGAUUCAAAAGCGAGCAGAAAUGGCUGCAGGGCAAAUCUGACAACUCCUACUGCGGUUCCUCCACUCAUUCUGUUCUUGGCUAAUCGGGGAAAACCUUACUCUAAUAGAUAGAGGUACAAUAUCUUAUUCAUGCAAUUGCUAGCUGCAAAGUACAAGUAUAUUUUCUUCAUUCAGUUAUUUUCACAAACAGUUGUGCUCCUUGUGUUGUUAGCCAUAUAUUAUACUCCUCGCUCUUCUUUAAAAAGUUUAACCAAGUCUAGAAAUGAGGGGAAUUAGAUCUAUAAGUUCAAACUUGAGGAUAUUUUCAAUUCUAGCUCGUGCCCACCUCAUUUCAUCGCAUAAUGUGCCAACUGUUACUGCAAUUUCAACCAUUGAAACUACUGCUAGAAGGCCCUUGAUUUCCAUGUUUUCAGUUUCUUCCUCUUGUUCAAAUCUUGAAACCCUGAUGGUACCAAAAGUGUCGAAUAACCAAGAAGAAUGUUUCAGUGAUAGUGAUAAUAGUGAUGCUGAUGAGGAUGAUGUUACUCGGUUGAAUUUAAGAGAUGACGGUCUUAUUCGAGAUGUGACUACCAUUGUUAAUAUAUUGCAUGAACUGAGUGACAAUCCAGUGGAAACGAAAAACAAGAUUGAAAAAUGUGGCGUUACAGUCUCACAAGAGCUGGUACUUGAGGUCCUGUCUAGAGUAAGAAAUGAUUGGGAGGCUGCAUUUACUUUCUUUCUAUGGGCUGGCAGGCAGCCAGGUUAUGCUCAUUCUGUGCGUGAAUACCAUUCUAUGAUAUCUAUACUUGGUAAAAUGCGAAAGUUUGAUACAGCAUGGACAUUGAUUGAUGAGAUGAGAGGGGUUAGGACUGGUAUAUCUCUUGUUACGCCUCAAACUUUAGUAAUCAUGAUUAGAAGAUAUUGUGCAGUGCAUGAUGUUGGCCGGGCUAUAAACACUUUUUAUGCAUAUAAACGAUUUAAAUUUGAUGUGGGGAUGGAGGAGUUUCACAGUCUUUUAUCUGCUCUUUGCCGCUACAAGAAUGUGAAAGAUGCUGAGCACUUGGUGUUUAGUAAUAGAGAUGUCUUCCCAUUUAACACUAAGAGUUUUAAUAUUUUACUUAAUGGUUGGGGUAAUAUCAUUUGUAGUCCUCGUGAAGCAGAGAGAAUAUGGAGGGAAAUGUGCAAGAGGGGUAUCCAAUAUGAUGUUGUGUCAUAUGCGAGUAUUUUAUCUUGCCACUCAAAGGCAGGUAAUCUUUAUAAGGUGCUCAAGCUGUAUAACCGAAUGAAGGAGAUGGGGACUAAACCAGAUAGGAAGGUUUACAAUGCUGUCAUCCAUGCUCUUGCAAAAGGUAGACAUGUGAAGGAAGCUAUCAAUCUGAUGAAGACAAUGGAAGAGAAAGGUAUUGCUCCUAAUGCUGUUACUUACAAUUCAUUGAUAAAAACAUUGUGCAAGUUACGAAAAAUAGAUGAGGCUAGGGGACUCUUUGACGAGAUGUUAAAAUGUGGCCACUCUCCAACUGUACAGACUUACCAUGCAUUCUUGCGUACUCUAAGGACAGCAGAAGAAGUAUUUGCGCUCUUGGAGAAUAUGAAAAAGAUGGGCUGCCAACCGAUUAAUGAUACCUACAUCAUGUUGAUUAGAAAAUUUUGUAGAUGGUGCCAGUUUGAUAAUGUCUUUAAGUUGUGGAAUGAGAUGAAUGAGAAUGGGAUAAGUCCUGAUCGUAGCUCAUAUAUUGUGCUAAUACAUGGGCUCUUCUUAAAUGGAAAAUUGGAGGAAGCUCACAAAUAUUACACAGAUAUGAAGAAUAAACAGUUAUUACCAGAACCAAAGAUAGACGAGAUGCUUCAGACUUGGUUGUCCAAUAAGCAAAUAGCUGAGUGUCAGGUGACAGAAUCUAAAGGUACUCGAUUGGAUUGUAGUCAAUUGGGCAAGCAAAGCAGAGCUAUCCCCAACAAAACUAAUCAUAAUAACAAAUUUCUCCGACAAGCUGAAACUAGAACAGUUGUGAGAGAGCGAGGAUUUUCCUUUUGGAAGCAGUAGGUUUUCACAUAAUAUUCAGCAUGUAGUUUGUGUAUUCUACAACCUACAGCGUCAAAUGCUCCAUGGGCUCAUACAGUCAGUCAAAUCCUCCUAACAGCUUGAUGUAACAUUAAUGACCAACCACUUGUUUGGUUAAGGUAAAUUGAAAGUCAGGAGUCUUGCAACGAAGUGGAGAGAUGCUUUUGACCAAUUACAUUAAGCCAAACAAGUUACCUAGCAUAAGGGAAAGGAGAGACGAACCUUUGAAAAUCUCAGGUACUUAUGCAUUGCAUCACACAUGACAUAAUAAUAUUUUUUUUCUUAAAUAAAAAUAAAAAUUACUUAUUCUUUGCAUGAUAACAGACAUAAAAGUGAAGCUCAUCAGCCAAACAAAAGCAUCUUUGAAGGAUAAAUAUCAAAGUCUUAAAAGAGUUGUGGAUAAUCAUUAAAGCUUUUUUUUGCUUAAUUGUUAUUCUCAACUCUUUAGCAUAUCAUAUGCAUAUGCUCUCAAAGUUUUAUCUAAUUCCUAUACACCUUGUUUGUCUUAUUCUCCUUCUUUUGUCCAAUUUAUAUGCUUAUUUUUUAGCUUAACAACCCCUUUGGCCUCAUUCUAUGGUGGAAUUCUCCCCAUACUUUGGAAUUUCCUUUUCCUUUUCUUUUUUUUUCCUCCUUUCGGUGUUCUUUUUACUUGUUUAUUUAUUUUUGAGGAAUGCCGUGCUCUGUUUGGCUGCUGAGAAACUUGACCAUAUAUAGAAGUUAAAAAUGCCAAUUUCAAUUUUAAUAUUAUUGCUUGCUUGUUUUGCAA